AUGUUCGACCUCCUGCCCAUGCUCUUAUCCUCCGUCGCCUCCUUCCUCUUCCCCAUCUUCGCUUCCUACAAGGCCCUCAAGACGCAUGAUCCCGCCGAACUGACGCCCUGGCUCAUGUACUGGGUGGUCAUCAGCUGCUUUCUCCUCGCUGAAUCCUGGGUCUGGUUUAUCGUCUCCUGGAUCCCCUUCUACGGCUACUUCCGCCUCCUCUUCCUCCUCUACCUCAUCCUCCCCCAGACCCAGGGCGCUCGUUACCUCUACGAGGAAAAGGUCCACCCCUUCCUCACGGAAAACGAAUCCCAGAUCGACGAGUUCAUCACCAGCGCCCACAACCGCCUCACCGACGCCGGCAUCGCCUACCUCAAGCUGGCCAUCGAGGCCUUCAAGACCAAGGUGCUCGGCCUCCCUCCCUCCGAGCCCACCCCGCCUCCUACUCCUCAGGCCUCCGGCCCCCAGAGCUACACCCAGUCUCUGCUAUCCCGGUUUAGCGUCCCAGCAGCCAACUGGACUGGCGCCGCGAACCCCGGCUCCGACUUCUACAGCCUCCUCUCCAGCGCCGUCGCCGCCGCCACCACCUCCGGCGCUACGGCGAGCGGCUCCGGGGCUACAUCUUCGACGACCGCAGCCAACCGCGGCGUCUCCAACUCGGGGGCCCUGAUCCCGCCUCACCUGCGCGACUCCACCGAGAAGAUGACCUUUAUCAGUGCCCAGCGCGACCGCCUCAACAUUGUUCUGUCGGCCCUCGACCGCGAAGCCCAGGGGCUGCGCGCCGAGGCCCAGCGUGCCCAGGAACGCGCCAGCACCCACCGCCGCGCCCCAUCCAUGACCUUCGACGGCACCGAGGACGACGAUCCCACGCAGCGGCCGUCCAGCGUCUUUAGUGGCUUGGCUGGACUGACCAAGAGCCGAAGCGAGGCCGAUUUUGAGCAGAUUGACGCCGAGAGCGGCACCGAAGACGACGGCCCUGUCCGGCGACGCAAUGUUGGCCCAAGCGGUGCUACACCAGCCGGUUCUUCUUCUUGGGCGCCUUGGGGAUGGGGAGGCGGCGAUGCCCAUGGAGGCACUAGCUCGGGCGCGGAGAGAUAG